GAUCAUAAUCUUUGUUGAUUUUAUCAUGUGAUUUGAAGUCAAAUAUUGCUCCCUAACAUUAAAUUUUGAUGUUCAUUUGACGCACGUGAUGCGAAAAGACCAAUCAGAUGAAUUAACACAGAAUUAUCGAUAUUCCACUGCAUCUGAAUAAGAUUGAAAAUUGCCCAGACACGUAACGCGUACUGUGAUAUCGUGGUGUAUCUCGUUAUAUCGUGAAUGUUUCGUCGAUAUGAACUUGUAUACAUUUUUAUGGUAUUAAUCCGAUAAUAAUAACUUUUAUGGUCGUCUCGAAGAGAUUUCUAACAAUUUCCUGUGCGUACUUUUUAUUUAUAUCACGAACGGAAGAUAGUUGACAUGUUGAACAAGUUUGAAAUAUUUGCAGUAAUUCCCGAUAAGUGGAAGUUUCCGUACGCGUUGCGCAAUGUUUAUUGCUCGAAAUUUGUAUUUUUGCACUUUUUAACAGCUGACAUUAACGAUCUCAUCAGUUUCCUUCUAUUUCUAUACACGUAGACAUACAAACGAAGAGAAGACACUUCAAAUGAUGAUGAAGUUAAUAUGAAAUUAAUGUUGUAUAAUGUUUCUUUGUAUACAUGUCCAUUUUGGGACAAUAAAAAUAUAUUUGAAAGAUGACAACAUUUAUGAUGUAUUUAAAUCAUCAUGAUGGAAUUAUAUACAUAUGAGAAUUAAGAAAUUGUAUUAAUUGUGUCUCUUUGGAAAUUGAGCAACACAUAAAUUUACAGCAAUGGAACCUGAACCAAUGGAUAACUUGUAUCUUGCAUUAAUACAAUGCUUUGCUAUUAUAUUAUGCGGAUAUAUUGCCGGAAGGUUUAAUGUCAUCUCAAAGGUAGAAGCGACUGGCCUAAAUACUUUCGUAGGAACAUUUGCUUUGCCCUGCUUAAUUUUUAUGUCGCUAGCAAAACUUGAUUUUACUCUAGUAAAUUGGAAAUUCCUACUUGCCGUAUUAUUAGCCAAAAGUUCUAUAUUUUUUCUUGUACUUGGAGUAUCUUUAGUUAUUAAAAGACCAUCAAAUCCAGGAUGUGCAGCACUUUUUGCAAUAUUUACCACUCAGAGUAAUGAUUUUGCUAUCGGAUAUCCUAUGAUUGCUGCAAUAUAUGGAAAAACCCAUCCGGAAUAUUCUGCAUAUCUGUAUUUAAUGGCACCUAUAUCACUGGCUAUUUUAAACCCAAUUGGUUUUGUAUUGUUGGAAAUUGGCAAACGUAGAACUGAGAAUCAUACAAGUUACAAAGACAUGGUUUAUUCUAUUGCAAAAGGAAUUGCAUUGAAUCCAGUGCUUUUCAUGACAAUACUUGGUAUUAUUGGAAAUCUUAUUUUCAGUCAUGUAGUACCAUGCGUGCUUGCCACUGUUCUAGAUGUAUUUGGCAAUGCUUUCUCAGCCACUGCUCUUUUCUUAUUGGGUUUAAUGAUGGUUGGCAAAGUGCAUAAAUUGAAAGGCACUGCCCUUGUUAUACCAGGCAUAUUAAUAUCUGUAAAACUGUUAGUUCUUCCAUUGGUUAUAAGAGAAUCUAUUAUUCUUUUAAAUACUGGAGGAAAUGCUACGGAUACGCAGGAUUUAAGUACAUACGGAUUUUUGUAUGGUACUAUUCCAACAGCCCCAGCAUUAUUUAUUUUCACUCUCAGAUACAAUCUCGAAAUUGAUUUAAUUGCAUCGGCAAUGGUUGCUUGUACAUUUUUAUCUGCUCCUCUUAUGUUUGUAUCUGCAAAACUAAUCGAUGCAGUUUCGGCUGGAAUUACUCCAGCGAAUUAUAUGCAUCAGAUAAAUUUAUUUUCUUUCGACGUAAGCGUUGCCUCUAUAACAGUUUGCGUGUGGUUGCUGAUAUGUUUCCUCGGUUUGGAAAGAAAAAAAUAUACGAGUGCUACUCAUCGAUGUACAUUGUGCAUUGUAAUUGCACAGUUAGCUACAGCUGUAGGUGUGGUAAUUUGGACGAAACUUGAACCGCAUAGCACUGGAUCAGUUUUAUGGUAUGUUCAGUUCGUUUUAAUUACCACGGGAGUAUAUGCGAGUCGCAUGUGGACAAUGGCAAUAGCUGCAACGCUAUUAUAUCUGAGUUCUCGUUCACUGAACUUUGUUAAAAAUAUGCAAAAAUGGUUUUUCCCUGCUGGAUGGGGGCUUCCACUUUUAAUAGUGAUCGUAAUGUGCUCUACAAUUACUCCAAAGGAUUCUGAACUUGAGUUUAGAAAUCCUAAUUUUCAGUUUGGUAGAAUUCAAGCUGCGAUUUCUACCCUCUUGUUAAUAUUUUGUUUUAUCGUAACGCUGGGCUGUUUAGUUUUACAACAAAGGUACCAGCGACGACAUAUUUCGUCAUCUUACAAUAAUUUACCGGAUAACGUAGAAAAUUCUAACAACGAUGACACUGAAAGACGCGUGGUCGAUGUUGAGGAUCUCGUUUCGCCUACUUCUCAUACUCCAACUAUCGGUUGCGAAUAUCCUGACGGCUGUCAGAAUGGAGUCUGCAGAGGUAAUUAUAACGAAAUCGACGAGUGCGACAUGUAUUUAGAUUCCGAGUACGAAAGAAAUGCAACAAACGAUCCGCAAACACUUCGACAUCUCGUAUUUCUCAUUUUACUCUUGUGUUCCAUGCUUAUUGCCUUAUCUAUAACGGUUGGAACGCUAAUUACGGAACAAGUAACCGGAGUUUAUGCGGAACUGGCGUUUUUUGAUAUUGCUCUAAACUUUGGCCAGUCGUUAAUUGCGUUUGCUAUCUUUGGAUUAGAUCCUGGCCUCGGGAAAUUAGGAUGCUGGUUGCGAAAAAUGUGUCGUAAAUGGCGCACUGGGAAAGAAUUGCAGCUUCCCCCCGAGGAUGAGCUAAGCAUAGAAACAAGAGCCAUUCGAGAGCAAUUUAAUCGUUGCCAUCUAGCUGAAUGUCGUGAUCGCAUUGCAAUAUGUCGUAGACGCUUGCUAACGGUAUACAAAGGUGUCUUCACGGGAACUGAUCUAGUUAAUUGGUUACUCGAUGCUGGUGUUGCACAAACUAGAGAUGAGGCCGUUUUAUACGGCCGUUGUUUAUUAGAAAGCAGGGUAUUGCAGCACAUCGAUGGUACUCGGCAUUUCUGCGAUGAGAAUUUGCUUUACACUUUCAAUGCCUAACUGAGAUAUCUCGAAUAAGUCCCGAUAAUUUAGAUUCAUUUUUAUAGAUUUUUUGAUCCAGUUUUACAAAUUAUUUUUUUAGAAUGUUGUAACAUACGGUACGAAAUUAUUUAUUUUUUUAACGUAUCAAAUUAUUUUAUCGUAAAAUUGAACAUAUUUUGAUGGAUGUGUAUAUUAUAUUUUAUUCUGGCAACUUUAGUCAUAGAGUCGAUAAAUAAUUCCUCGAGUCCCUAGGGAAUCUCUUCGGUGUUUGUGAACUGUGCUGCUGUCAUUUGUGAUCGUAAUUGACGCAUAUUUUAUUAUAUAAUCAGAUAUCUAAAAAAAAGAAUAAGACAGUAAUAAUAUAAUUAAUACAAAUAUGCCAAAGACAAACAUGUUAGCAUUUAACAUUCUAUUUUUAAAUAUUAGUAUCCGUGCACAGUAUUGAAAAUUUUAUCGAGUAAUAUUCUGGAAUAUUUGUAUUUUGUAGUUUUGUUUUUAGAAUUUAUUUAAUCUUGAAUUAACAAAAAAGGUAAUUUAAACUUAUCGUAAUGUUAAGGUACGAUUCAUUAACAAAUGAAUGCGUCACGCAUUCUUUAAAGAAAGAUUUUAUUCUGUGAUUUUAUUACAGUAAAGAAAUAAUAUAUAUUGUUCCUACAUGACCUGUGAGAAAUUGUAUGAAAUGCAAGAUAAAUGUAAAAUAAAUAACUGUUGAAAAUA